UGCACGUCAAUUUUUAAAUUAUUAACUAUUCUUAUGAAUUACACGUAAUCUAAUUUCUUCAGCAUAAAAUUAUUACCACUUUUAAACACGUGUAAAUCUACUGAGAAUUGUCAUCGAUUAUUCCUUUAGACAGACAAUAACUCCAAUCUAAGCAAAUCUGGGCUUACAAAAGCUGGCAUUGAAUCAUCAUUGUGGUUAAUCGUCAGCUGAUGGAUAGCUAGCUACGCACGCUAGUACUUAGUUUGAACCACUUUUAAUAAUUUGGUUGUCUUUUCUUCUUGCUGUCCACCUUUGAUGGUUGAAUAUCAUUUGCUUACCGUCAUAAGUAGGCAAAAAAAAUGCAAGGGCAUGUAGAAAUUGGUAUAAUUCCACAUGAUCUCAGACAGGAGGAAACAAUUGUACAGAUUGCGGAUGCCUUGGAUAAUCUAGAUGCAGCUGUAUCAAAUAUUUUUGGGUGUAUCGACGAGCGGUUGUCUGAGAAUGCUAAAAAGUUAAUCAAUAUCAAAAACCGGGCAGUGAGGUUGCAGAGCAGUUUAGAUCAUCUUCAGAACAAUAUGAACCUUAAAGCAGUAAAACUCUACUCAGCAGCUAAAUACCCAUCGAAUCAUGUAUAUAGGGAAUAUCAAACAACCUUCAAGAUGUCUCUCAAAGAUGAAGAUAAACCGCCAAGUGUAUACAAAAGCCCUGUGCCCAUUGCACAGUCAUUGAAUUCGCAUGGGUUGGGAGAGGAAAAAAGUAAAAGUGGAAGACAGAUUAGCGAUUUUAGUAUGCAGGAAAAACUCCAGUAUUACCACAUCAAGCGUAAGCCUGCACAGAGACAUAAUCCCAGCAAUUUCAAGCUCAGUAACUUGGAAGUAUCUUCCAUCAGUUCGCUACUACUUGACGCUGGGAAAGACAAUCAGUAUGGCAAACUUCACCCCAAAAAUUUAGCGCCAGUCAACGAUAAAAGAGAAAUUGAAGAUGCCCCGACCUCUAUACUGCAAUCCUGGCAUCCUACGGAUAUUGAGUCUCCUUCUAAUUAUUUUUAUGCCCCAACGCUUGGCGAAGUACCACAAAUAAACGUUCCUUUGAUUUUGCCAGAUUUACCAGGAAUUGUAGAAGAUGAACGUUUUGUUCUCGACCUAAAUGGUCAGAGCCCCAUCGCUCCAUCUUCUGUGGUAACAACGCCAACCGUAAACCUAGGUUCACCAAAUGUUAAUUCUAGUUCAACUUAUGGUUUGACGCCAACAGCACAAGCCGUAACAGAGAAUGAUUCAAGCCUUGAAAAUUCGAUACCACCUAGCCUAUCCUUGGAACAAUAUUCCACAGUAUCUUUGCCUUCUGUGGAAACUGGUUCUUCCUUACAACCGAGGCUACCGUCUCCACCUCCUCCACCGCCACCGCCAAUUCCUAAAAUUCCUGAACCUCAACAUCCUCCAGCUCCUCCGCCUCCACCGCCUCCACCACCGACUGAAGAUUCAUUACCUGAACAAAAAAGCAAAAAACAACCAGUCAAAACUAAACUAAAGCCAGAACCAGUUGAUGACCGGUCGAAUUUAAUGGCAGCUAUUCGAGAAGCAGGUGGUGCUGGAAGAGCAAAAUUAAAAAGCGCUGCACGCAAAGAGGAGAAAGCAGAUAAAUGGUCCUCGGCAUCCGUGGGUGGAGAUUUAAUGGCGGAUUUGCACACAAAAUUAUCGUUAAGACGUAAAGGAAUUUCUGGUACAGCCACGAGUGCACUUGAUAGAAUGUCUGCAAUGAUUCCGCCACCUCCCAAACCAAACGAACUGGCUACUUCAGAGAGAAAUUCUGCUGCUAGUGAGCAGGACUCACAAGCUGAUACCGACGACUGGGAGGAAUGAUUUUCACAUUAGACCGUGAAAACGAUCAAAGCAAGAAGAAUUUAAUUAUUCGAUUAUUAUAGACCGAUCUGAUUGUCAGUCGAAUCGGGAUUUAUCAACGAUUGAAUCGAUUUUAAAUAAUGAAAUGUAUAACUUCAGUUAUUAAACGAUCUUUUGUACAA